AUGGCACGUAAUAUUUCCACAGGGAUCUGUCUGGUGCAGCACGAGAGUUCCUUCCGGACUGAUGCAAGAGGCGGCCCCAAUGGGAAUGGAUCCUACGAUUACGGGCUGUUCCAGAUCAACGGUUACUACUGGUGCAACAACCGUAAACCGAACAAUCACAACGACUGUGGCGUCUCCUGCUACGACCUCCUUGACGAUGACAUCGCUGAUAACGUCAAGUGUGUUAAACUGAUCUACAAGCGUCACGGUUUCUUUGCCUGGUAUGGCUGGGUCAACAAAUGCGGAGGCGACACCACCAGCUACGUCAAGGACUGCUGGUAGAAACGUCAUCCUUG